CGACCUGGAGUUCAGCGCCAUUAUGAUGUCAUUGGAGUUCAAUGACCUGGAGUUCAGCGCCAUUAUGAUGUCAUUGGAGUUCAAUGACCUGGAGUUCAGCACCAUUAUGAUGUCAUUAGAGUUCAACGACCUGGAGUUCAGCGCCAUUAUGAUGUCAUUGGUAACCAUAGCAACAGAGUGAAAGUGUUUAUUCUGGAUGAUCCAGUUCCUUUGUGAGGUCAUUGUCUCUACCAUUGUGAUGUCAUUAUUUGCAAGCAGCACAGCUGUGUUUCACAGACUAGUGAGAUUCAGUUAGUGCUAGUGACUAGUCAUUCAGUUAGUGCUGGUACAGACAGUCAAUAGAUUAUUUGUACUGACACUAACAAACAAAAUUUACACUAAAUUUACACUAACAAAAUCUAAUUUAAUUUUAAUCUAAUUUACAAACUUUUCAUAACUUUUUUUUUAAAAAAAAAAACAACAACAUUGUAUCAUGGAAUCAACACGUCAAGGAUUUUUAACUUGUUGUGAAGAAUGCGGCAUAAUACUCCAGCAAGGCUGCACAUACACCCUCGAGGGAUGCCAAAAAGUGUGCAAAGAUCUCUUGAACAUAUGUAAAUGCUGUGCGGAGAGUUGCCCAUGCAGCCUGAAGUGUCUGUCGUCAUGUUGCCCUAGGUUUGGUGACACGACGCCAGUCACUCAGGUUUCAGCGUUGGAUAGUAUUGAUGACGUUUUAGAUAAGGGAAAGGCGACACUUAAGCUUAAAGAAGACAGUAAGAUCAGGAAUGUGCUGAGCAGCUUUUUUGCCUUCUUUUGUGGCCUCUUGCUCACCUCUGUCUAUGGAUUUACAGUCCUGUUUAUACUGAAUUAUAACCUGUACUUCUGCAUUGUGACAACCACAAUAAUGGGAUUCUUCCUAUCACUGGGUAUGGCUUUCUACGAGACCGUUCGCGUUAAUAUGCUGCUUAUGUUGCUGCAAUUCUUCUCAGCUCAUGGAAAGGAAUUGCUCUUAUGGCUAGGAUUUAUCAUGAUCUUUACUGGACCGGGACUGAAUACAUUAGACAAUGUCGGCAGAGUAGGAGAUACAAUGCAGUGCGGAAUGGAAAAGUUCGUAAACCAAACAAUAGAUAUGAUGCUAUUGAUGCAAAAGCCUUUGAUGUUGUUCGCAAAUUCGAUCAAGAAACUUGCGGAGUCGUUUAAAGGAGUUGGAGAUAAGGCAAAUGAUGCCUUGGACAACUUGUCUUAUGAAGUGAAGCGCAUAGGCCACGGCUUACACAGAGUCUGGUUCAACUUGUACAACCUCAAAGAAAUAUGCAAUGAAGCUAUAGGGGCUCCAGACAAGAAAUGCUUUGAGAUAUUUAAAAAUGGCAAACAGAAUUGUCUCAACGUGAUGGGAAAAGGUGGCUUCAUAUGCAACGUCGUAGAUGCCGCCAGCGUACUGUGUCACUUGUCUAACCCUGUUUGCGUUGCGCCCGCCUUCGUUCAGUUCUUGGCCAGGAGCCACAAGACAAAACCCAUCCAAUGGAUGAUACAGAAUUUCAAGGAACAGUUUGCUUUCAACAUGACAGUCAACAAAGACUUCGAUAUCACUUUCAAUUCCAGCAAAAGCAUGUUUCAAGCUGCGCGAGAUAUUUUAGAAGAAAUAGAUAACCAAAUAGCCCCCUACAGAGAGGCGGCCAGCAUGUUUACCUACUUCAUAUUUUUCCUAAUCUUAAACUUCUAUGUCAAGGCAUUAUGGUAUCGCACAAGUUAUUUAUUUGAAAAUGCCUUCGACAAUGUUUAUAUAACAAGGAAUUUUGUCGAGUUAGAUGCGUUCAGAGCCCGGAGAGGUGCUGAAAUCCUGAUGCCUCUAAAUAAAAAGAAAUUUCUCUUAUUUGUCUCUACAGCUUCAUUAUCUCUUUCCAAGAAGGAGACGCAAGGAUAUAUGUAUGGCAUAAUCACUGUUUUUAGAAACUCAAUGCUGGCAUUUACAUUCAUGUGCGUGGAUUACGGUAUAUACUGGAUCUUGCAAAUGGUAUAUGCCAUACUGGGAAGAGACCCGAUAGUAAAAGCUACUACUCCCAUUGGGAGAGAGAGUGAGACUAGUUUCUUCAGUGAGACGAUUCAUUCCCUGGCUAAUUCUUUAAAUACCAUGCAAGCGGACUCAACAAAAACCGUAGCCAGUAACUGCCUGGUUGUUCCUGCACCACCAAACCAUCAGCAAUACAUCAUUCUUGGAAUCGUGCAUGCGGUAGCCUUAUUUGUCUGUAUAUUUGGACCGUAUAUUCAAAGACUGCGACACUCUAUAUGUGCAUACUACUAUCCAUUCCGUGAGCAGCAAAGAAUCUGUUACUUGUACAAUAAGCUGAUGACCAAGCGUCACAUCUUGACAACCAAUUUGAAGAAGUCAUUGAAAGCAACAGGAGACACGGGACAUACGAAUAUCUUCAAUGUAUUGGCAUUAAAAGUACCUUUGUUGCGCAAAUCCCGGCUAACCAAAGGAACACAGUGUUGUACAUCAUGUGCCAAGAUCUUCCAGGACUUUAACAGUUUUGAAUUCCGACCAUGCAUCACCACUGGCUGCAAAGCUCUUUACUGCAGAGACUGCGCUGACAUUCUGAACAAUACAUGUAUCAUGUGUUUGAUGCCUUUCACUUAUGACAAUAACAUAGAUGUUGAGAUGGACUCCAGUGAUGAAGAAGAUAUCCUUGUAUGGAUGCAGACACGGAAAAAUAUGGAGAAGACGCACACGGAAAAGAGGAAGCAAUUGAAGAAGCGUAUCCAGUAUACCAAAAGUGACAUAAAGACUCGUGCAAAGAGAGGCGGUAUUAAAAGUCAGGACUUACUUAAAACAAUUAAGGAAAUGGAAAAAGAUUACAUGACCUCAGAGAGCACCGACAAUGAGAGCAGUAUGAGCAGUGAUGAUUCAGAUGAGAUGGACUUUGAAUAUCAGGACAGAUCUGAAUCAAGUGGCAGCUCUGAUGAGGAAAGUUCAUGAGAAAAUCCUGAAAACAACUCAGAAGCUGGUAGAAAAGACUGUAGAAAAUAAUCAUCAGUUGAAAGAAAUGUCUAUUUACAAUUGCUUACUAAACAUAAUAAAAUAAAACACACAAAUAUAUAUAUAUAUGAAUGUCUUUUUUGUCUUUUCUUUUGGUUUAUCUACUGUUACAGAAUAUGCCAUGUUUUAUUUGAAACGUUGCCUUCAUGGUGCAGUUUUUUAUUUCUCUUGCCUA